AUGGCCUCAAGUGCUUCAUUGUAUGCGUUGAAUGCAGUUAAGAACACUAAAAUCGGCGAGCCCAUUCCAGAUGAGUCGAUGCAGGCGCUUACUACGCAGCGUAAGAAUGGUGCAGGAUUCACUGACCGAUUAAAGACUUCAAUUUCGUCUUUCUUCGCUUUCGAAAAUCCACUUUCUGCUACUGUCGCUGAAGUAAACACUGCCGGGUUGACCCCCCAUCUUUAG